AUGAAUGGUUCAGAUACAAGCGGCAAUAACAAUAAUAACAUAAAUGACAUCAGGACCCCAGACCUCGACCAACUCUCGGCACUGGAUGCAGAUGACAUAAAUAAGAUACUUCACCCCAAUGAACUGUUUACCAAUGACGAUGAUAUACAACAGAGCUUAUCAGAUAAUGGUAAUGAUUUUCUUUCAGGAUCGUUGAAUGGCAAUGACAAGAAUGGGAAGAACAGUAACAAUAAUAAUACUGCCAAUCCCGAUGUGGCCAAGUCUACCACUUCCUCCAGUGUCAUUGAAGAUAUUAUAAAUCCAUCAUUAGAUCCGCAUAGCAUACUGUCUCCAAUGAAUGACAACAAUAAUAGUAAUAAUAAUGUAUUGGCAACGACAAGAAACCUUACACAGGAACCCGUAAGAGAUCUAAUUCGUCGGACGACGAGUCCCAUGGGGAUAUACCAUCCUUCAUUAAACACAGUAACACAACCCACUCAAGUGAAUGAACUCUUAUCAUCUCAAAUUCUGGCUAACACUUUGGCUCAACAACAACAAUUACCGAAGGCACCAUCUAAGAGAUACAAUGCGCAUAAGACACGACCCGCUUUUGUUAAUAAAUUAUGGAGUAUGGUGAACGAUGAGGCCAACCAUCCAUUAAUUCAAUGGUCCGACGAUGGGAAAUCCUUUGUAGUUACCAAUAGAGGAAGUUUUGUCCAUGAGAUUCUACCUAAAUAUUUCAAGCAUUCUAAUUUUGCAUCAUUUGUGAGACAAUUAAAUAUGUAUGGUUGGCAUAAGAUUCAAGAUGUGAAAUCGGGAUCCAUUCAAAGUAGUUCUGACGAUAGAUGGCAAUUUGGUAAUAGAUUUUUCCUUCGUGGUAGAGAUGAUUUAUUAGUGAAUAUUAUUAGACAAAAGGGUGGGUCCUCCACCUCCACGGCAGCUCAUAAUACCAACAAUGAUGAUGGAAGUAAUGUGAAUGGUGGUGCACCAUUUGAUGCGAAUUCAUUGUAUGGGAAUACGAUAAAUAAUGGGAGACCCACUUUACAAAUUAUGAAUGAAGCACAUUUGGGUAAUAAAUUGGAUUCUACAUUGAUAUUGAAUGAAUUAGAACAACUCAAAUAUAAUCAAUUAGCGUUAUCGAAGGAUUUAAUUCGGAUAAAUAAGGAUAAUGAGAUGUUAUGGAAGGAGAAUUUGAUGGCUCGAGAAAGGCAUCGUACUCAACAACAGGCAUUGGAAAAGAUAUUCCGAUUUUUAACUUCCAUGAUGCCUCAUUUAGACCAAAAAUUGAUCAUGGAUAAUAUAAUGAACAAUACGGGCGGAUCUGGAGUAGGAGGAAAUAAUAAUAGUAAUAGUAGUACUGGUAGUGGUACGAAAUUGGAUGCCAGCACUAAUAAGUUGAAUGAAUCUUUGUCUACCAAUCAAGAGAUGGGGGGUAAGAGUCCCAUGACGGAUGAUAUAUUUCAUACGAAUCAUGAUGGAACUGGGAACAAUGCAGGUUUGUUCGAUGAUAUAUUUAAUAGAACACACCAAUUCAGUGGUGAAAAUGGGACGAAUCAAGAGUAUCGACCAAGUACACCGCUUGCCGCUACGAGAAUGGGGAGCAAGCCACGAUAUUUAUUGAAGAAUCGAGCCAGUUCUAAUAAUUCACCUACUGACAACGUUAAGGAUAUUUCAGCGGAUGAGAUAAGUAAUAGGAUAUCUGAGAUCCCUGCUGAAGAUGGCCGCAUUGAAGAAGUGAAGCAAGAGACGCCGCCGGGGAUACGAACUCAUACUUCUGUGGAAAGCGAUGCUGAGAGUACAGCGAAGACGUCCAUGUUGUUAAAGAGUUUGCAAUCGAACAUUGAUCAUCUGGAUAGAAUACACCAUUUAGAAGAGUUAAUUACUGGGAACAAGACUACAGGGUUUGAAACCCCUGCUGCGGAUGGCAAGAUCAGUGACAUUAGUAGCACGAAGAACACGCCGCCCGGUGAUCAUUUCGAUAUCCAAGAUUAUCUCAACGGGGACACAACGUACAAUCCGCACGUGAACGAUCUACUGGGCCAAGGAGAAACGGGGAGUGGGCUAACACCGUUGCUAAUGCACCAUGAUACGGAUGACUUGAUGCCCUUAGCGUCGCCCAUGGGCACCACGUUUCCUGCACACACGGACAACCCACUAUUGCGAGAUACUGGUGUGAUGGGCACGAAUGGCAAGCGAGGGCAGCCCGACGAGACACCCAGUGUUUUGGAGAUGGAGGACUCGUUCGAGUCCACGCCAGCGUCGCCGUUUGCCUCAGAGCACGUAUCGAAACGGGCCAAGCACUAG